GAAUUUCAACAUCACCAAUGACUGUUAGAAUACUGUUGUUUCAAGAUUUGUUUGCCCUGAAUUGGGAUUUUAAUCCGGACCUUAUUGUUAUCCAGAUUGUUCGUUUUGAACUCAACGAACCCAGUGUGAUCAGAGGUUUGAAAUGGGUUGCUGCGAUUUCUUUGUCGUCGCGUUCACAAUUGCCAACAUGACAAACGGUGGAUACAACUCCCUGUUGGACGUCGGUUUAGAAAAGGUGGACACUUGGUCGCAGGCCAAAUCGAACAAAGUGAAACUCCCGGAUUUCAUCUAUCCACUUAACCACCAAAGAAAGUUGUGGAUACCUUCGAUCAUUUGCAGCCAAGGGAAAUUUGUGGAUUUUUCAGAUCUUAAGAAAAGCAAAGGAAAUGUUACCUAUGAAAUUUUUGGCAAGACCCGAUAUAUCGGCCUUUAUCUGGGUAUGGACUCGUUGAAUUUGGUCUACGAUAAAUGCCAAUUCUCGUUCUUCGGAAUGUCGACGACAAACCGAUUACAUUGGACCAUAUCGAACGCAAUGGUGCACGUCGUCAUCUCUUUCGAAGACAGGCCGGACCGUAACUGCCAGCUCAAACUCGAAAAAGUAAAAGUGGUACGGCUAGGAAAGGUGACCCUCGCGCGUCGGACCGGCUUGGUAAGCCGAACCUUGUCCAGCAUUGUUCAAAUGAUAACGUCCGUUUUCAAAAAUAGUGUACUCAGAUUGUUGGACUAUCAUCUGACAAUCGGAAUCAAGAAAAAUCUACCUGUUAUCUGUCAAAACGUUGCCGAUUACUAUUCAACGUUGGACUUUAAUUUUGGCUAAAUUUAUUUAUAUUUGUUAUAGAUUCAUUACAGUUUUGUUAAUAAAUACAUUUAUGUUAAAAUUCCAAUGUAUUACAGAAUGUGGAUUUCAUCUGUAAAAUGUUCAA